AUGGUCUUCGCACUGGAAACCUAUUGCCCGGCGACGGGACGGCUAUUCCGCCGCCCGCAUCGAGGAGGAGGUCGUCGUCACCGACGAGGGGCCGAAGGUGAUCAGCCUGUAUCCGGCCGAGGAACUGCCGAUCUCCGCCAAAUACUGAAGCCGAGGGGAGGAAAUCUUGGCAAACGCCACCGAACGGCCGAAGCGGCCAAGCCGGAUCUCGCCAAUGACGAUAUCGGCGAGGAGACGCGGCUUGCGCUGUGGCGCUCCCAGCUCGAAAUCCGCCAUGUCGAGAAGCGGGCGCACGAUCUGUUCCUGCAGAAUCUCGUCAAGGGAACGGUCCACCUGUCGCUCGGCCAGGAAGCGAUCGCGGCCGGGUUCGCGGUGGCGAUGGAAAAGGGCGACUACUCGUUCUGCACCUAUCGCGGCCACGCCCAUACGCUGGCCCGCGGCGCCCCGAUGUCGGGGGUGCUGGGCGAGCUGAUGGCGCGCGAAUGCGGCUUGCUCAACGGCAAGGGCGGCUCGAUGCAUCUGACCAGCGUCGAGCACGGCGCGAUGGGGUCCUACGCCAUCAUCGGCGCCCAUCUGCCGAUCGCCAUGGGCGCCGCCUGGUCGGCGCAAUACCGCGGCACCGAACAGGUCUCGGUCUGCUUCUUCGGCGACGGGACCACCAAUAUCGGCGCCUUCCACGAGGCCCUCAACAUGGCGCAGGUCUGGAAGCUGCCGGUGAUCUUCGUCUGCGAGAACAACCUCUAUAUGGAAUAUACGCCGAUCGGCGACGUGACCGCGGUGGAGCACCCGGCGGCCGACCGCGCGUCGGCCUAUGGCAUGGAGUCGAUCAUCGUCGACGGCAACGACGCCGACGCGGUCUACCGCGUCGCGCAGACCGCCUACGCCAAGGCCCGGUCGGGCGGCGGACCCUCGCUGAUCGAGGCCAAGACCUAUCGCCACAGCGGGCAUUCGCGGGGCCGACCCGGGCACCUACCGGCCGGACGAAGAAGUCAGGGAAUGGCUCGCCCGGGACCCGAUCCCGGCCUACCGGCAAAGGCUGCUCGAUUUCGGCUUCGCGGAAGCCGCGAUCGACGCCAUCGACGCCGACGUGCUGGCGGCGGUCGACGCGGCGACGGAGACGGCCAAGGCCUCGCCCCAGCCGCCGCCGGAAAUCCUCGAGACCGAGGUCUA